AUCGAGUCCCAUCGCUCUCGCCUACUACAAGCAUGUCUCACGGAAAGCAGUUCACCUUGUACUCCCACGCGAAGGGUCCCAACGGCUGGAAGGUGGCCAUCGUCCUGGAAGAGCUCGGCUUGACCUACGAGACGACCUUCCUCGACUUCCAGAAGGGCGAGCACAAAGCUGCCGACCACACCCAGCACAACCCGAACGGGCGUAUCCCGACGAUCAUCGACCACAAAAACAACAACUACACCUUGUGGGAGUCGGACGCGAUCCUGCUGUACCUUGUCGAGCGCUACGACCCCGAACACAAGCUCUCCGUUACCAGCCAGGAGGAUAAGUUCCACCAGCUCCAGUGGCUGUUCUUCCAGUCCUCGGGACAAGGCCCGUACUUCGGCCAGGCGGCGUGGUUCACUUUCUACCACAGCGAACAGCUGCCCAGCGCGCAGCAGCGCUACAAGAACGAGAUCAAGCGUGUCCUCGGCGUCCUCAACACUGAGCUGGAGAAGCGGGAGUACCUUGUCGGCGGAAAGUUGACCAUCGCGGACCUUUCUUUCAUCCCGUGGAACAACUUCGUGCUCGGCGGCGGCCUCUACGAGGGUAAACUCGAGCAGGAUCUCCCAGCUGUUGCCAAGUGGCACGCGAAGCUCAUCGAACGGGCAACGGUGAAGAAAAUCUGGGCGCAGAGGGAGGCCUUGUAAAUUGUGUAAUAUUCGAUUGUUGUACUACUAGACAAGUAACUGGAACCUGAGAAUUCGCGAACUGUCCGAAACGACCAUGACACGAUAUGUUUGUUGCCU